GUGCAACCUCCCUGGCCGGCGAGAGUUCGGUUGAGAGGUUGCUGGAUGGUUGGUACCACUGAUGAGAGAGCGGGCGAAAGAAGGGACUAUUUUAACACGCACUGGAGCACUGUUACAUUCGUCUAUUGGACACUGCUGAGCACCUGGGCAGGGUUUCUUCAUCUACCGUGUGCGGUGGCGUAGUGUCUUCUGCUUCUGGUUUCCAGCAGAAAUGUCACAGAGGAGCGGGCAGGAGGACCCGGAGCGGUACCUCUUUGUGGACCGUGCUGUGGUCUACAACCCGGCUGCACAGGCCGACUGGACUGCCAAGAGGCUAGUAUGGAUCCCAUCAGAACGCAACGGCUUCGAGGCUGCCAGUAUUCGUGAGGAGCGCGGAGAUGAGGUGGUGGUGGAACUGGCAGAGAAUGGGAAGAAGGCGGUGGUCAACAAGGAUGACAUCCAGAAGAUGAAUCCGCCAAAGUUCAGCAAAGUAGAGGACAUGGCCGAACUCACCUGUCUGAACGAAGCCUCUGUGCUUCACAACCUCAAAGACCGCUACUACUCUGGCCUCAUCUAUACAUACUCUGGUCUCUUCUGCGUUGUCAUAAAUCCCUACAAAAACCUGCCCAUCUACUCAGAGAACAUCAUUGAGAUGUACAGGGGCAAAAAGAGGCACGAAAUGCCCCCUCACAUCUACGCCAUCUCAGAGUCUGCGUACAGAUGCAUGUUACAAGAUCGAGAGGACCAAUCCAUUCUUUGCACAGGUGAGUCAGGAGCUGGCAAGACAGAAAAUACAAAAAAGGUCAUUCAGUACCUGGCACACGUUGCCUCCUCCCACAAAGGAAGAAAAGACCACAGCAUUCCUCCAGAAUCACCCAAACCAGUGAAACUACAGGCACAAAAUGCAGUUAGUGGACCCCUGUUUUAUGGUGAAUUAGAACGUCAGCUUUUACAAGCCAACCCCAUCCUUGAAUCUUUUGGGAACGCUAAGACAGUGAAAAAUGACAACUCGUCACGUUUUGGGAAAUUUAUCCGUAUCAACUUUGAUGUUACCGGAUACAUCGUUGGAGCCAAUAUUGAAACCUACUUACUGGAGAAAUCCAGAGCUAUUCGUCAAGCCAAAGAUGAGCGCACCUUCCACAUCUUCUACCAGCUGCUGGCUGGAGCGGGAGAGCACCUCAAAUCGGACCUGCUUUUGGAAGGAUUCAACAACUACCGUUUCCUGUCUAACGGUAACAUCCCAAUCCCGGGCCAGCAGGACAAAGACAACUUCCAGGAGACCAUGGAGGCCAUGCACAUCAUGAGCUUUGGCCAUGAGGAGAUUCUGGCCAUGCUGAAAGUGGUGUCCUCAGUGCUUCAGUUUGGUAACAUUAACUUUAAGAAGGAGAGGAACUCUGACCAAGCCUCUAUGCCUGAUAAUACUGCUGCUCAGAAGCUGUGUCAUCUGCUGGGUAUGAAUGUAAUGGAGUUUACCAGAGCCAUCCUGUCCCCGAGGAUCAAAGUGGGAAGAGACUACGUGCAGAAAGCACAGACUAAAGAGCAGGCUGACUUUGCAGUCGAGGCGUUGGCUAAAGCGACAUAUGAGCGUCUGUUCCGCUGGUUGGUCCAUCGCAUUAACAAAGCUCUGGACAGAACCAAACGGCAGGGUGCCUCCUUCAUCGGCAUCCUGGACAUUGCGGGUUUUGAGAUUUUCCAGUUGAACUCAUUUGAGCAGCUGUGUAUUAACUACACCAAUGAGAAGCUGCAGCAGCUCUUCAACCACACCAUGUUCAUCCUGGAGCAGGAGGAGUACCAGAGGGAGGGCAUCGAGUGGAGUUUCAUCGACUUCGGUCUUGACCUGCAGCCCUGCAUCGACCUCAUUGAGAGGCCGGCAAACCCUCCCGGGGUGUUGGCUCUUCUGGAUGAAGAGUGCUGGUUCCCCAAGGCCACAGACAAAACCUUUGUAGACAAGCUGAUCCAAGAGCAGGGCACACACCCCAAGUUCCAGAGGCCCCGCCAGCUCAAAGACAAGGCCGACUUCUGCAUCAUCCACUAUGCCGGCAGGGUUGACUACAAGGCAGAUGAGUGGCUGAUGAAGAACAUGGACCCCCUGAAUGACAAUGUGGCCACACUUCUACACCAGUCAACUGACAAGUUUGUGGCUGAACUUUGGAAAGAUGAGAUUCAGACCAUUCAAAGGGCUUCAUUCUAUGACAAUGUCACUAGUCUGGAUGACCCGGCAGUGGACCGUAUCGUGGGCCUGGACCAGGUGGCAGGGAUGAACGAGACAGCCUUUGGUGCCACCUACAAAACAAAAAAGGGCAUGUUUCGUACAGUGGGACAGCUCUACAAGGAGUCACUCACCAAGCUCAUGGCCACACUGAGGAACACCAACCCCAACUUUGUGCGCUGCAUCAUCCCCAACCACGAGAAAAGAGCUGGUAAACUGGAGCCUCACCUGGUCCUGGACCAGCUGAGGUGUAAUGGAGUCCUAGAGGGGAUUCGCAUCUGCAGACAGGGUUUCCCCAACCGCAUCGUCUUCCAGGAAUUCAGACAGAGAUAUGAGAUCCUGACACCUAACGCUAUCCCCAAAGGAUUCAUGGAUGGGAAACAAGCCUGUGAGAGAAUGAUCCGAGCCCUGGAGCUGGACCCCAACCUGUUUCGUAUCGGUCAGAGUAAGAUCUUUUUCAGAACCGGGGUUCUGGCUCACCUGGAGGAGGAGAGAGAUCUGAAGAUCACUGACAUCAUCAUCUACUUCCAGUCUGUUUGCCGUGGAUACUUGGCACGCAAGGCCUUUGCUAAGAAGCAGCAGCAGCUGAGUGCUCUGAAGGUCCUCCAGAGGAACUGCGCUGCUUACCUGAAGCUGCGACACUGGCAGUGGUGGCGGCUCUUCACCAAGGUGAAGCCUCUGCUGCAGGUCACCAGGCAGGAGGAGGAGCUGCAAGCCAAAGAUGAGGAGCUGGUGAAGGUCAAGGAGAGACAGCUCAAGGUGGAGAAUGAGCUCGUGGAGAUGGAGAGGAAACACCAACAGCUCGUAGAGGAGAAGAAUAUUCUAGCAGAACAACUCCACGCAGAGACGGAGCUGUUUGCCGAGGCCGAGGAGAUGAGAGUUCGCCUGCUCUCCAGGAAGCAGGAGCUGGAGGAGAUCCUUCAUGACCUGGAGUCGAGGGUGGAGGAGGAGGAGGAGAGGAACCAGAGCCUGCAGAACGAGAAGAAGAAGAUGCAGUCACACAUCCAGGACCUGGAGGAGCAGCUCGAUGAGGAGGAAGCUGCAAGACAGAAGCUGCAGCUGGAUAAAGUGACAGCCGAGGCGAAGAUCAAGAAAAUGGAGGAGGACAUUCUCCUGCUGGAGGACCAAAACUCCAAGUUCCUUAAGGAGAAAAAGCUUUUGGAGGACAGGAUCGGUGAGAUGACCUCCCAGCUGACAGAAGAGGAGGAGAAAGCAAAGAACCUCGGCAAGGUCAAGAACAAGCAGGAGCUGAUGAUGGUUGACCUGGAAGAGCGAUUAAAGAAGGAGGAGAAAACGCGGCAGGAGCUGGAGAAGGCUAAACGCAAACUGGAUGCUGAGACGACUGACCUGCAGGACCAGAUUGUUGAGCUCCAGGCCCAAAUAGAGGAGCUGAAGAUCCAACUGAGCAAGAAGGAGGAGGAGCUGCAGGCUGCUCUGGCCAGGAGUGAUGAGGAGACCGUCCAGAAGAACAACGCCUUGAAGCAGAUUCGGGAGCUGCAGGCCCAUCUGGCUGAGCUUCAGGAGGACCUGGAGUCAGAGAAGAUGUGUCGAAGUAAAGCUGAGAAAUUAAAGAGGGAUCUGAGUGAGGAGCUUGAGGCCCUGAAGACAGAGCUCGAGGACACUUUGGAUACCACCGCAGCCCAGCAGGAGCUCCGGUCCAAGCGAGAGCAAGAGGUGGCAGAGCUGAAGAAGGCCAUCGAUGAGGAGACCAAAAACCAUGAGGCUCAGAUCCAGGAUAUGAGACAGAGGCACGCCACAGCGCUGGAAGAGCUAGCCGAACAGCUGGAACAGGCCAAGAGGUUCAAGGCCAACCUGGAGAAGAACAAGCAGAGUCUGGAGAGCGACAACAAAGAGCUGGCCUGUGAUGUGAAGAGCCUGCAGCAGGCGAAGACAGAGUCUGAACAUAAGAGGAAGAAACUGGAGGGCCAGCUGCAGGAGUUUAUGUCCAGGGUCACUGAGGUAGACAGGGUCAAGGGAGAGCUGGCCGAACGCUCACUCAAACUACAGACGGAGCUGGACAAUGCAUCUGCUUUGCUGGAGGAGGCAGAGAAGAAGAGCCUGAAACUGGCCAAGGAAGUCGACAAACUGAACAGCAAACUGCAGGACUCAGAGGAGCUGCGCCAGGAGGAGACGCGUCAAAAGCUGAACCUGAGCAGCCAAAUCCGCCAGCUGGAGAUGGAGAAGAACACCUUGCUGGAGCAGCAGGAGGAGGAAGAAGAGGCACGACGCAACCUGGAGAAACAGCUGCAGACGGUGCACUCUCAGCUCUUUGAGACAAAGAAGAAGCUUGAGGAGGACAUGGGCUCAAUGGAGGGCCUGGAGGAGGUGAAGAGAAAACUCCAGAAGGACGUAGAGCUGACCAACCAGCGUCUGGAAGAGAAGACAAUGGCCAUGGACAAAAUGGAGAAGACCAAGAACCGGCUGCAGCAGGAGCUGGACGACCUGAUGGUUGACCUGGACCACCAGAGACAGAUCGUCUCCAACCUGGAAAAAAAACAAAAGAAGUUUGACCAGCUGCUGGCUGAAGAGAAGACCAUCUCAGCUCGUUAUGCUGAGGAGCGUGACCGUGCAGAGGCUGAGGCCAGAGAGAAGGACACCAAGGCUCUGUCUAUGGCCAGAGCUCUGGAAGAGGCCUUGGAGGCCAAAGAAGAACUGGAGAGGUUUAACAAGCAGCUCCGUGCUGAGAUGGAGGACCUGAUGAGCUCCAAGGAUGACGUGGGGAAGAACGUCCAUGAGCUGGAGAAGUCCAAGCGAACACUGGAGCAGCAGGUGGAGGAGAUGAGAACUCAGCUGGAGGAGCUGGAGGACGAACUGCAGGCCACAGAGGACGCCAAACUGCGUCUGGAGGUCAACAUGCAGGCCAUGAAGGCUCAGUUUGACCGAGACCUGCAGGCCAGAGACGAGCAGGGAGAGGAGAAAAAGAGGGCGCUUGUCAAACAGGUGCGUGAGAUGGAGGCAGAGCUGGAAGACGAGAGGAAGCAGAGAACUCUGGCCGUUGCUGCCAAGAAGAAGCUGGAGAUGGACCUGAACGAGCUGGAGGGACAGAUUGAAGCCGCAAACAAAGGCAGGGACGAGGCUGUCAAACAACUCAGAAAACUCCAGGCUCAGAUGAAGGACUAUCAGAGGGAGCUGGAAGAGGCCAGAGCCUCCAGGGAUGAGAUCUUCACCCAGUCCAAGGAGAACGAGAAGAAACUCAAGAGCCUAGAGGCUGAAAUCCUGCAGCUACAGGAGGACCACGCAGCAUCAGAGAGGGCCCGUCGACAUGCUGAACAGGAGAGGGACGAGCUGGCUGAUGAGAUCUCCAACAGUGCUUCUGGAAAGUCGUCGCUGCUGGAAGAAAAGAGGAGGCUGGAGGCUCGUAUUGCCCAGCUGGAGGAGGAGCUGGAGGAGGAGCAGGGCAACAUGGAGCUGCUCAAUGACCGUUUCAGAAAGACCAACAUCCAGGUUGAAAACCUGAACACAGAGUUGGCCGGAGAACGCAGCACUGCACAAAAGAGUGAGAAUGCUCGGCAACAGAUGGAGCGGCAGAACAAGGACUUGAAAGCCAAGCUGGCAGAGCUGGAGGGGACGGUCAAGUCAAAGUUUAAGGCAUCCAUCACUGCCCUGGAGGCCAAGAUCCUGCAGCUGGAGGAGCAGCUGGAGCAGGAAGGAAAGGAGAGAGCAGCAGCCAACAAGAUCGUCCGUCGCACAGAGAAGAAACUGAAGGAGGUGAUGAUGCAGGUGGAGGACGAGCGUCGUCACGCCGACCAGUAUAAGGAGCAGAUGGAGAAAGCCAACUCUCGUAUGAAGCAGCUGAAGCGUCAGCUGGAGGAGGCAGAGGAGGAGGCCACCAGGGCCAACGCCACCCGACGGAAGCUGCAGAGGGAGCUAGAUGACGCCACAGAGGCCAGUGAGGGUCUCACCCGGGAGGUCAACUCACUCAAGAACCGCCUCAGGCGCGGUGGUCCAGUCAGCAGCUUCUCCUCCAGCCGCUCAGGCCGACGCAACCUCAAUCUGGACGGUGCUUCUGUCGACAUGUCAGACGAUGACGCCGACAGCCGUGCCGGUGACUUCAACGAGACACAAACCGCUAACGCCGAGUAAACACAACAACCCUCUCCUUCCUGCCCCCCACCCCCCCACCCCCCCACCCCCACCUCGUCACUACCCACCUCACCCACCUGUGACCGGCACCCAGUUUCCCUCCCCCAAAAGAUCCUCGACGUCACCAUCAUCUUUGUUCAUUUCAAACCACUGACUGGACAGAAGAUUGGAGCGAUGAGCUGUUUUUGGUAACGCUGGGCAGAGUGCGCCUGGCAGCCCUUUUUGUAUCAGUUAACACUGCAGGGAAACUCCACCGCCCUCCCCUGAAGUCAAGCCUCCAGUUGUGGAGAGUCACAGGGGCAAACGGACAAUUCUGCCUUACUCUGUUCUCCUCCGGCAAGCUGCUAGUCCUGGCUCGUCUCUCAGCCACGUAUCAUCUCAGCAUCAUGACGUAACACCCUCCCUCCCAUCAGGCGUGAAGUUAUCUGCUCAGCUUCUUGAGAAAGUAUGCAUAGGUGCAAAGUGCUUUUUAUACAUAUGAGACUGUAGGUGGAGGCUAUGAAGUGUACACACAUCAAGUAUGUAACGUAUGUGAACGCACCCCAUAUUGGAAAUGCAGGACUACAAGGAAACGUGUUUCACUCUGGUGUUGUCACAAGUGUCCCACUCAUAUGUUGUGUAAAAGCCAUCUCAUACCUGACACACUCCAAAGGUCACUGUGGCCUUCGGAGCGCCACGCCGGCUGCUUCAGUUGCAUGAGUCUCCCUCUGAUGUACAGACUGUUUGUCAGCUUCUACACCGCAGCAUGACAGGAACGACCAACAUCUCGGGACACGCAAUACAAGAACACGGACUCUGAAUUGAAAGUGUUUUACUGUGAAAAUAUUUUUUUUUCUCUGUUGCUUCAUCUCAGCGUUUAAUGAAGGAAUGUCUCGCUGGGUUUUAACUUGGAAUCUCUCAGCUCACAGGGUUAACACGUUUACCGUAAGCCAUUUGUGCUCAACUAUGGUCAGCGUGAGCUGUGAGCGAUGCAGAGUGGCUGGAAAAUGCACAGAACUGCACAGGAAGAUGUGUGAAUUUUUAACUGGAAACCAACAGGGAGAAAAUUAAAGCUCUUACUGGAAGCACUAAAGUGACGCUCAGGCCACAACUUUAAUGUGACACUAAAUGGUUAAACUUGUAGUUUCAGUAGAAAUCAGACAGAUUGAAAACAGUCAUCUUCUCACUACAUUUCAGUGUUUGUGCCAAGCCCCAGUUUGUAUCAUCACUGUAUCUGAGUCACAGAGCCAGAACAUUUUUCUGAAAAGUAAUAACCUGCUGAUCUUUGGAAACCCAAACAACACUUAGAGCUGUUCUGAAGUACGGCUGCACGACGUGUGGAAGAUAUGAGACGUGCAAAAAGUUGAAUAUUAUGAUAAAGACAUUACUUUAAAAUCAAGGGAUAUUAAAGUCAGUUUUCUGCUGCUUUCGGUUUAUUGCUAUACAACAGAUUGCUUGUUGUAUUUUUAAAAACACUUGUAUUGAGCAAAUCAGACAUCGACAUAGUGCUGUCACAAUACCAUAACUUUUAACUUUGAUACAGUACCUUGAAAAAUACCACAGGGUAAAUUUACACUGAGGGCUUAAAAUAAAAAAUGUUAUUAAAGGAAAAAUAUGACAAGGCUAUAACAUGACAACGACAGCUUUUCUUGGUUAGCAGCAGAAAAACCGCAGUAUACAUUAACGGCAACACAGUAAGAAAGCGCAGCCGAUGCAGGUGAAUCGAUACUGUGAAAAAUGAGAAAUAAACCCGUUUCAAAUAUUCAGAAUCGAUAUGUAUCGAUAAACUUUAAUUUUUGGCAACACUACAUUGAAAUAAACACAAAAGGCACCAAUAAAAAUGAAUGAAUGUUACAGUUUAAAGUGCCUUUUUCUACUUAUACUCUUUCAACUAACUAAUUUCAGUGCAAUAUCGCAGUCUUUCACAAUGUGUUUAUGGCACAAGCUCAUAUUGUGAUGAUAAUUAAACGAUAUUAUGUGUGGCCACUUGAAGCAUUUUCAAAAUCCUCUCAGACUCUCCACUGUAUGGAUGCAAAAAAUCUGUUGCACAACAAACAAGUUUUUAAACUUCUUAGCCAGGAUGGUUGAGAAUUCUUAAAGUGCUCAGACAAAAAGGAAUUUUUAACAUCCCAAGGUACGGCUCUAUUUCCUAAUUCAUAACAGAAGAUGUUUUAAAAAAAAUAAAAUAAUGAUAAUUGAAUUUUUAGCUACAUUUGGUCACAUUCAUAUCACAUUUCAAUGUUUUAUAUUUUCAUCACCACUAAAAUGAUUUUAAGAUUUUUCUUGUGAAGUACAAAAUGAGCAUGGAGACUUGGAAAUUGGGAAACAGGCUAAAGAUUAAAAAUAAUCAAUAGAAACAAUCUCAGCACCACAGGGACCAUUAGUGCUGGAGCUGCAACUAUUUGAAUCCCAUCCAUCAUGAAUUUGACAGUGUUACAGGAGGACUCCACCAUUUAGCUUUUCUCUGAAGGACUUCUCAUGCAGGCUAAAAAGUUGAAAACAUUGUGUGUGCAAUAAAUGAGAUUCUUUCUUAUCUAUACAUUGAGAAGUGUUUAGGAUUUUAGCGAUACCUUCAGAACAGCAGUAAGUGUAUUUCAAAGAUUGCCGUGUAAUUUUUCAGAGACUCUGAGUUCUGUGACUCAGAUGUAACAGAAACGUUAUGAUGAACAAACCCGGGCUGGUUUGUGCCAUGGUUUAGUGAGUCGAAGCUCGACUCUUCAGACUACAGUCAGACCUGAUGAAUCAGUAUUCACAGGUUGUUUUGUUCUUCCCUCGUGGCUUUAGCCCAGGUUUAGCGACGUGAAUUCAAGCUCUGCUUGAACUGCAGCAGCCGCCUCAACAGUUGAACCGCCACAGUGUGAAGCUACAUGCCAGGGUGCCCAUAUAUCCAUCCAUCAACUUUGAUUUAGUCUUUUAUCAUGGAUCUGCAGAUUAGGAUGGUUGUCUACAGCGGACUUCUUUGCCCUCCUCCCAAACGUUAACAGUAUGUUUCUUUAAAAGUGCCUUAGACACUAAAUAAGAACAUAAGCCGGCAAGGAUUUCAUUCCAGAUGUGAAAGAGAUGAAACAGGUACACCAUGGAGAUAUUCAACUGUUACUCUUUUGUUCUUUGUUUUGUAUUAUUUGCUGUGCUUCAUAUCAUAUCCGCUGUGUACCUCCAUGUUCAUAAUAACCUCCUAGCUAUAGAGUGUUCGGGUCAAAAUCAGUAUUACAGUAUCAUUAACUACGUGAGAAGCGGAGCCCUCGGCAGCUGCACGUCCCAACAUUACUUUUGUACUAAGAUUUAUCUGUGUAACCGCUCACAGGUGAAGGCUUAGUGCUGAAGGUAUUUCUGGGACUCAUUGCUCUGCACGGGAUUUUAUUUGGUUGGAAGCUUUAACAUCCACAAGUAGUUAACUCGUUUUUAUUUUAUUAUUAUUAUCCAGCUGGCUGUUGACAACCAGGCAUCCAACUGCAAAUACUCCCAUCAUAUUGUUUCUUGUAUACCUGUAUUUCUAGACGGUAAUUUUUUUGUUUUGUUUGUUUUUGUAAAAGGAAA